AUGGCGGAUGCUGGAAAUAAAGAGUCAGCGCCGAUUGGAGGAGAUGAAUUUACUAACACAGAGUUGGAGAAUAACAAGAAUAACACGAUGGUGGAGGAAGGAUCCACUCUGCUGCGGAGAAUGGAGAUCAGUGUGGCCGAGGCAGAGAAAAGAACUGGGAAAAAUACAGUGAACAUGCAAGAGAUAUUCACAGUAUACCUCAUAGAAACUCGACCCAUAGAUGCAAUAACAGAAGGCCAUAACCCAGCCCCAGACUCUCUCUGGAGGAGAUACAGUGAAUUUGAGAUUCUCCGGAACUAUUUGUUAGUCACCUAUCCGUUUAUCGUGGUGCCGCCUUUGCCAGAGAAGAGGGCAGAGUUUGUUUGGCACAAGCUGUCUGCAGACAACAUGGACCCAGACUUUGUAGAGAGGCGCAGGAUUGGUCUGGAGAACUUCCUACUUCGCGUGGCCUCCCAUUCGGUUCUGUCCAAUGACAAAAUCCUAUACCACUUCCUGACUGAGGAACACAGGUGGAAGGAGGUGGUGUAUGAGACAGGGUUCCAAGCCAAGGCAGACUCCAGGAUUAAAGCUCUGAGCGCAACUUUCAGGGUGAAGAACCCUGACAAGCGGUUCACAGAGAUGAAACACUACAGCGAUGAGCUUCAGUCUCUCACCUCCCAGCUGCUCAGAGUCAGAGCAAGAGUAGCAGACAGGAUCUACGGCGUAUACAAAGUCCAUGGGAACUACGGAAGAGUGUUCAGUGAGUGGAGUGCCUUAGAGAAGGAGAUGGGAGACGGUCUACAGAGUGCUGGACACCAUAUGGAUGCCUAUGCUGCGUCAGUAGAUGAUAUCUUGGAGGAAGAGGAGCGCUACGCAGACCAACUGAAGGAAUACCUUUUCUAUGCCGAAGCCUUAAGGGCUGUGUGUAGGAAACACGAGCUGACCCAGUAUGAGCUGGAGACGGCCUCCUCAGACCUCAUCUCCAAGAAGCAGCAACGGGAGGAGCUGGCCACUGGGAUGGUACGGACGUUCUCCUUCAAAGGAAUGACCAACAAGCUGUUUGGUCAGGAGACACCAGAGCAGAGGGAGGCUAAACUCAGCCUACUAGAGGAGCAGAUCGUCCAGGGAGAGGAGACGGUCACAGAGAAAACAGUGGAGUGCGAGGAGUACGUGAAGGGUGCGUGGGUGGACAUGCAGCGCUUCAAGGAGCAGAAGGACAGGGAUCUGAGGGAGGCUUUGAUUGGCUACGCCGUCAUGCAGAUCAGCAUGUGUAAGAAGGGCAUUCAAGUGUGGACCAAUGCUAAGGAAUGUUUCCACAAGAUGUAAGGGGGUCGGGCCGUGGGUCAGCGACGACGUCUAUGGUACGAGUGCACAACAACUUCACCUUUUGACCUUCACAUGGAAACAGAACCACUGUUGUCACGGCAACAAGCCCCAGCUGGCAUAAAGUUACAGGGCUGCGUCUCAAUACUCAGUCCAAUACUGGCUGCGCUCCAGAUAAAGUGGGGAGGUAAGGAAGCCUUUCAAGACAUGAGAUGCAGUCCAGGACUAUAUUUUAUAAUGAGAUAUAAGGCACAAACAUAUCCCCUUGUGUUGAUUUAUUAAGAGAACGUGUGUAGUAUCAGCAGGAUAAAGGUUGUUUAUUAAGAGAACGUGUGUAGUAUCAGCAGGAUAAAGGUUGUUUAUUAAGAGAACGUGUGUAGUAUCAGCAGGAUAAAGGUUGUUUAUUAAGAGAACGUGUGUAGUAUCAGCAGGAUAAAGGUUGUUUAUUACGAGAACGUGUGUAGUAUCAGCAGGAUUAAGGUUGUUUAUUAAGAGAACGUGUGUAGUAUCAGCAGGAUAAAGGGUUGUUUAUUAAGAGAACGUGUGUAGUAUCAGCAGGAUUAAGGUUUGUUUAUUAAGAGAACGUGUGUAGUAUCAGCAGGAUAAAGGGUUGUUUAGGAAGAGAACGUGUGUAGUAUCAGCAGGAUAAAGGUUGUUUAUUAAGAGAACGUGUGUAGUAUCAGCAGGAUAAAGGGUUGUUUAGUAAGAGAACGUGUGUAGUAUCAGCAGGAUAAAGGUUGUUUAUUAAGAGAACGUGUGUAGUAUCAGCAGGAUAAAGGUUGUUUAUUAAGAGAACGUGUGUAGUAUCAGCAGGAUAAAGGUUGUUUAUUAAGAGAACGUGUGUAGUAUCAGCAGGAUAAAGGUUGUUUAUUAAGAGAACGUGUGUAGUAUCAGCAGGAUAAAGGUUGUUUAUUAAGAGAACGUGUGUAGUAUCAGCAGGAUAAAGGUUGUUUAUUAAGAGAACGUGUGUAGUAUCAGCAGGAUAAAGGUUGUUUAUUAAGAGAACGUGUGUAGUAUCAGCAGGAUAAAGGUUGUUUAUUAAGAGAACGUGUGUAGUAUCAGCAGGAUAAAGGUUGUUUAUUAAGAGAACGUGUGUAGUAUCAGCAGGAUAAAGGUUUGUUUAUUAAGAGAACGUGUGUAGUAUCAGCAGGAUAAAGGUUUGUUUAUUAAGAGAACGUGUGUAGUAUCAGCAGGAUAAAGGUUGUUUAUUAAGAGAACGUGUGUAGUAUCAGCAGGAUAAAGGUUUGUUUAUUAAGAGAACGUGUGUAGUAUCAGCAGGAUAAAGGUUGUUUAUUAAGAGAACGUGUGUAGUAUCAGCAGGAUAAAGGUUGUUUAUUAAGAGAACGUGUGUAGUAUCAGCAGGAUAAAGGUUGUUUAUUAAGAGAACGUGUGUAGUAUCAGCAGGAUAAAGGUUUGUUUAUUAAGAGAACGUGUGUAGUAUCAGCAGGAUAAAGGUUGUUUAUUAAGAGAACGUGUGUAGUAUCAGCAGGAUAAAGGUUGUAUGGUGAGAGUGUAGCACGUGGGGGAUAAAGGUUGUAUUGUGAGAGUGUAGCACGUGGGGGAUAAAGGUUGUAUGGUGAGAGUGUAGCACAUGGGGGAUAAAGGUUGUAUGGUGAGAGUGUAGCACAUGGGGGAUAAAGGUUGUAUGGUGAGAGUGUAGCACGUGGGGGAUAAAGGUUGUAUGGUGAGAGUGUAGCACUUGGGGGAUAAAGGUUGUAUGGUGAGAGUGUAGCACAUGGGGGAUAAAGGUUGUAUGGUGAGAGUGUAGCACAUGGGGGAUAAAGGUUGUAUGGUGAGAGUGUAGCACAUGGGGGAUAAAGGUUGUAUGGUGAGAGUGUAGCACAUGGGGGAUAAAGGUUGUAUGGUGAGAGUGUAGCACAUGGGGGAUAAAGGUUGUAUGGUGAGAGUGUAGCACGUGGGGGAUAAAGGUUGUAUGGUGAGAGUGUAGCACUUGGGGGAUAAAGGUUGUAUGGUGAGAGUGUAGCACAUGGGGGAUAAAGGUUGUAUGGUGAGAGUGUAGCACAUGGGGGAUAAAGGUUGUAUGGUGAGAGUGUAGCACAUGGGGGAUAAAGGUUGUAUGGUGAGAGUGUAGCACAUGGGGGAUAAAGGUUGUAUGGUGAGAGUGUAGCACGUGGGGGAUAAAGGUUGUAUGGUGAGAGUGUAGCACGUGGGGGAUAAAGGUUGUAUGGUGAGAGUGUAGCACGUGGGGGAUAAAGGUUGUAUGGUGAGAGUGUAGCACGUGGGGGAUAAAGGUUGUAUGGUGAGAGUGUAGCACGUGGGGGAUAAAGGUUGUAUGGUGAGAGUGUAGCACGUGGGGGAUAAAGGUUGUAUGGUGAGAGUGUAGCACGUGGGGGAUAAAGGUUGUAUGGUGAGAGUGUAGCACGUGGAGGAUAAAGGUUGUAUGGUGAGAGUGUAGCACGUGGGGGAUAAAGGUUGUAUGGUGAGAGUGUAGCACGUGGGGGACGUGGGAAACUUACUCCUCAGCCUGAAGUGUCACCACUUGUGUAGCCGAAUUGUCAACGCUUCAAUGGCGCCGACUGGUAAGACGCUUCGGGACGGCGGUCACGUGUGCUAGCGAAGCAGAUGUCCUGGGUUGGAGCAUCCGUGUGAGCCGAUCAGGAGGAAGCGGUACUCGCUAAGCAAGCAGCAUGACGUCAGUUAUCAGUAUGCUGCUGUUACCUUGGUUUACCUCUGAACUGAACUGGAAAAGAAACUGAAUCAACUGUCAAAGGACUUCUGGCCUUUUCUCUGCUUAAAGCACAUGAUAUCAUAAUGUCUGGUAUGUGAAUAUUGAAUAAGAUAUUAUUUCAGAAAAUGUCAAGGUACAUGUAUAUAAGAAUAUUAUAUACUUUGACGUGUCCAUCUAUGUAAAUAUAUUAACAACAGUGAACACUAACCUGGUGUUUGUUGGUUGAAUCCAAAGUAUUAACUCACUAAUUUAAUCAUGGUUUCUCAAAGAAAACAUCUAUUUCUACAUUGUGACUCGCAGUAAUAAUGUGAUUUAAGGUCAGAUUUGAUCAUCAUUCAUGUACAUUCUUAUCCAAGUUGAACUGAGAUAACAGUUAUACUGCAUUGUAUA